GAGUUCGCCGAAACUUUCUCCCUUUCUUCUUCUUCUUCUCCCUCUCUUCCUAAGAAACUUUUACAUUUAAAUUCUCGAAUCUGACCUUUCUCCUCCGGAUCUGAUUCCAAAAAUCUGUGAAAGUCUCCAACUUUUAUCACAAAUUUGAAGAACAAAGGUUUCAGUUUUGAGCAAAUGGGUGGCUCUGGAAACUGGAUAAAAUCUCUGAUAAGCAACAAAAAACCCAUCACUGAUGAUCAGUUCGGUGAUAAGAACAGCAAGAAGAAAUGGAAACUGUGGAGAACAUCAUCAGAGAGCUUCAUAUCUUCCUCAAAGGGUUUCAAGAGCCGUGCUGGUAGUUACGGGACUCCUUCACUGGGCUCAGAUCCGCCGUCUUUCUCUGCCGACGAUUCCUUCACUGCGGCUGUUGCUGCUGUUAUCAGAGCUCCGCCGAAAGAUUUCUUUCUCGUUAAACGAGAAUGGGCUGCAACACGGAUCCAGGCUGCUUUCCGAGCUUUCCUGGCAAGACAGGCGCUGAGAGCUUUGAAGGCUGUGGUGAGGAUUCAGGCGAUAUUCCGUGGUAGGCAAGUACGGAAACAAGCAGAUGUGACAUUAAGGUGUAUGCAAGCUCUUGUUCGAGUCCAAGCUCGGGUACGUGCACAUUGCAACAGGGAUCCUUCAGAGGGACAGGACUUGCAGAAACCACCUGAACCAAAAGAUGAUCCUGCUAAGCAAGCUGAGAAGGGUUGGUGUGAUAGCCCCGGAAGUGUAAAUGAAGUGAGAACGAAGCUACAAAUGAGGCAAGAAGGGGCAAUCAAGAGGGAGAGAGCUAUGGUAUAUGCACUCACACACCAGCCGAGGACGUGUCCAAGUCCAAACGUCAAGGUGAGCAAACAAGGGAGUGUUAAAAAGAAUCAAGGGUCUUGCAAGAGUAGUCCAGGUUGGAAUUGGCUUGACAGAUGGGUUGCAGACAGGCCAUGGGAAGGUCGCUUGAUGGAAGGUCCUACAAACUCAUCAGAUAAUGCAAGGAAAAGUGAGAGCAGUGUGUCUGAACAUGACACAGUUCAGGUCAGGAAGAACAAUCUCACAACCAGAGUUCUUGCCAGACCUCCUCCCAUGUCAUCAUCUACUACGAGUUCUGAGUCUUCGUCCACAUCUCAGUCCCCAGUUCCCUUCUCGGGAAGUUUCCUUGAGGAAGGUGGGUACUACAGAAAGCCAAGCUACAUGAGCCUGACACAAUCUAUCAAAGCUAAGCAGAGACGAUCAGGGUCUUCAUCAUCUUGUUCCAAAAUACCUUUUGAGAAGAAACAGUCGAUGUCUUACAAUGGAGAUGUAAAUGUAAGGCCCAGUGCUGGUUCGGAUCCAUUGUGCAACCAGUACACUGAUCUAUAUCCACCGGCCCAAGUAACAGGGAGACAUAUGUGGGCAAAGAGCCAGAGGGGCUAAGAUGGUUUCAAAAGUCAUCUCAACAGCUUGUUGGUCCACGAAACACACACACGGAAUAUAGAUACAGAAGCAACUUCUGUGCAUCUUUUAGAUAUGAUUGUUAUGAUACUAGUUUGAAGAUUGCUAUGUUGUUGUUUGGCUGGUUGGGUCAUUUAUCGAUUACUUCUAAUAUUUCUGAAACAAUCUGUUUUAUAUCUCUUGUCAAUAUGGAAACCUUCAGACGUGAUACUU